UCAUAUAUAUGGCGCAGAGCUCAUUUCUAGUGCUCGCGGAGCAACUCCCCCCUUAGGAAGGUUGGAUCAACUCUGUGCUGGCUAAUUGUGGAGAGAACAUAUAGAAAUACAAGUUGAAACUUGAAAGAGCUUGUCAAGGUAUUGUAAAUCAAUACAAAAAUCAAUAUGAUAUUUGACAGUGAUGAGCUCCUUAAGAUGCAUUGCAAAACACCCAGCCAUUUCUCUAAUUGAAUCGUCCACCACCCUCAACGAGCUUAAGCAAAUCCACACCCAAUUGCUUGUUAACAGUCUACUUAAUGACCAUCAUCUUUUAGGCCAAUUUGUCGCUUCCAUUGCCCUCCACAACCCCAACAAUCUCUAUUAUUCCAAUCAUGUCCUCAGCCAAUGUCCAAACCCCACCCUCUUCACCUUCAACUCCAUGAUAAGAGCUUACUCCAAGAGCUCAACCCCUCACAAAAGCUUCCAUUUCUACAAACGGAUUCUCCGCUCUGAUGAUAAUCUCUCACCUGAUAAUUACACUUUCAAUUUCUUGGUUCGCACGUGCGCACAGCUUUCCGCACGUGAGACUGGACCUUCCGUUCAUUGUGCUGUGGUAAAACAUGGGUUUGAGAAUGACCCACAUAUUCAAAGUGGGUUGAUUUUCAUGUAUGCCGAAUUGGGUUGGUUGAGUUCGUGCCACCAGGUUUUUGGUGAGAUUCCUGAGCCAGAUGUAGUGUGUCAGACGGCUAUAGUGAGUGCCUGUGCGAAAUGUGGUGAUGUGGGUUUUGCAAGGGAAUUGUUUGACAAAAUGCCACAACGGGACCCUAUUGCUUGGAAUGCAAUGAUUGCAGGGUAUGCACAGUGUGGGAAGUCGAGGGAGGCCUUAAAUUUAUUCCAUUUGAUGCAAAUGGAGGGUGUGAAGGUUAAUCAAGUAUGUAUGGUUUCGGUUUUAUCGGCAUGUUCUCACUUAGGGGCAUUGGAUCAGGGGAGAUGGGCACAUGCAUAUAUAGAGAGAAAUAAGUUGCCAAUGACUUUGACGCUGGGGACUGCUCUCAUUGACAUGUAUGCAAAGUGUGGGGAUAUGAACAAGGCAAUGGAAGUCUUCUGGGGAAUGAGUGAAAAGAAUGUAUAUACUUGGAGUAGUGCCAUGAGUGGGCUAACCAUGAAUGGAUUUGGGAAGAAGUGUCUUGAACUUUUUUCCCUGAUGAAACAAGAUGGAAUUCAUCCAAAUGAAGUCACAUUUGUUUCAGUCUUGAGAGGUUGCAGUGUAGUUGGACUAGUUGAUGAAGGUCGUGAGCAUUUUGACUCCAUGAGAAGAGUCUAUGGACUUGAACCUCAGUUAGAGCAUUAUGGAUGCAUGGUUGAUUUAUACAGUCGAGCUGGGCGUUUAGAUGAAGCCUUAAACUUCAUCAACAGCAUGCCCAUCAAGCCUCAUGCUGGUGCUUGGGGAGCUUUGCUCAAUGCUUGUAGAAUGUAUAAGAAUAGGGAAUUAGGUGAGCUUGCCUCAAGAAAGAUAGUAGAGCUAGAGGCCAAGAAUCAUGGUGCAUAUGUGCUUUUGUCAAAUAUAUAUGCUGAUUCAAAGAAUUGGGAUGCAGUCAGUAAUGUACGGGAGAUUAUGAAGGCUAAAGGUGUAAGGAAGCUUCCUGGUUGUAGUGUCCUGGAGAUUGAUGGUGAGGUUCAUGAGUUCUUAGUUGGGGACAAAUCCCAUCCUAGGUACAACGAAAUUGAGUUGAUGUUAGGAGAAAUCUCUAGGCGGCUGAAAUUAGCAGGCUACGUGGCCAAUACUAACCCUGUUCUCUUCGACAUUGAAGAAGAAGAGAAAGAAGACGCUCUGUGUCAACAUAGUGAGAAAGUGGCAAUUGCUUUUGGUUUGAUCAGUUUAAGGGAAGGUAUGCCAAUUAGGAUUGUGAAGAACCUGAGAGUUUGUUGGGAUUGUCAUGAUGUAACAAAAUUGAUAUCUAGACUUUUUAACAGAGAAAUCAUUGUAAGAGAUAGGAAUAGAUUUCAUCAUUUUAAAGAUGGUGAAUGUUCAUGUAAGGGUUAUUGGUGAGAGACCAAAGUGUAAUCUGUCGUCCCCUUCAAUGGAGAAAAAAUGUCUUUAAUCUUUGAUUC